ACAAAUCGUUACGAAGUGAGACAAACGUGUUCUCAAAUGCACUCAAAACUCAAGAUCACAACUGAUCUUCUGAGACAACCGCAAAUGAAUUUGAUCUCUGUCCAAGUCUAAAUCAAUAUGAAGGUCGGAGUUUUCUUCGUUCUAACUAUAAUAUGUAUUGGUGUGCAGAGUGUAAAUCUAAACGAAGGUGGCUCAAUCAAUGAUUUAUUCGUGACUGACGGUGACAGCGACCAUGAAUCAAUGCAAUAUUCCAAGGUCAAGAAGGCCAUGCAAGUGGAACCAGACUUUGCCCGACGGCUCUUUCAGGUGGUCGAAGAGAAGCUUCAAGUUCGAUUGGACGAGUUGUCGAUCCACGGUAAUUCUAUCAUACCAACUGUCACAAUGAAGGCCAUUGAAGAAAAUGGACACCGAUUACCCGAUGAUGUUGCCAUGAAAGUAAAGAAACACGGCGUUUUAGUAGUUCGAAACACCCUUCCCGAAGAAGAGGUGCAACAACUCAUGGAUGAUCUUCACAAUUAUCUUCUGAUCAACAACAUCGACACAGCCACUUACAACGAGACUGUGUACGAGAUAUAUUGGUCGCAAUCUCAACUGAGAGCCCGUCAGCAUCACAACAUGUACAUGGUCCAAGAUGCAUUACUCAAAUUGUGGACAUUGCAAGUUCCCAACCUGAAUUGUAGCCAAAUUUCGCCUGCUAUGUACAUUGAUCGGUUGAGGAUUCGCAAACCAGGCGAUACCUCGUUCACAUUACCUUUCCAUAUUGAUGGAGGUGGGAUUGAAAGGUGGUCUGAUCCUGUUUACCGCAAGGUGUACGAGCAAAUAUUCAAAGGGAACUUGGACGCAUACGAUCCAUUCGCUAUGGACUAUCGGAUUCAGGCUGCCAUGAAUGAAGAAGGCCAUGCCAAUGGGUGUACCUUUUUCCGAGCCUUUCAAGGUUGGUUAGCCACAUCCCCAACAGGUCCAGGCAAAGGCACUCUAAAAGUACUGCCUAUUUUGAAGAGAAGCCACUUGGUAUUGGAUGCUCAGACCGUUUCUCCAAGAUGUUCCAGACCAAGUCAUGCCCGGAUGUCAACCAGGGAAGACAUUCCACGUAUCUGA